AUGCUGAACGAAGAGGUGGACGAUACGGAGUUUUUCCAGCAGGACUUCACCACCGCUUCGGACUGGGAACUGUUCAAUGCCCGGCUGGAAGAGAUUUUCCACGAGUGGAAACUGUCGUACGGACAAAGCGCCUUCCGGCCGUUACAACACCACGAGCUGGCCCGCUGCGAAUGGAGCGUACAGCUAGAGACGAUCAAAUUUGCAGAUGUCGAGCUGCAGGUGGCUCACCAUCGGGCCUUGCUAGGUGGCGCGGAUGAACCAGCACCGCCCGCCGGAGGAUCCGGAACGGUUCCCGGGUGUCAAACGUUCGCCGAUUUGAUGUCGAUCGAAAACGAUUACUGUGUUGCGGCGCACGGACCGGGCGGAGCGGAGGAGCAGCAGCAGCUUCAUCCGCUGGCCCAGUGGUACGGGCUGCGUGAGUUUGUGAUCGUUUCGCCGGUCAAGAAAUCGAUCACGAACGAAAGCCAGAUACGGAUCCUGAUGAGCUCGGUUCACAUUGCGGUCGCCGAAAGUAGCUGCGAUGUGCCAGUGUUUGUGCAGGUGAUGGAUAAGGUGCAGAAUGUGUUUUUGGGCGUUUGCGAGUCCGGCGCGGUCCGGCUGUCCUUCGACAUCGUGCACCUCCACCUGACGCCGCCCACCUGCAAGUAUCUUUCGGGAUUGCUGGAAGUGUUCAAGGGCAAAAUCGGUGUCGCGUACGUAGAUCCCGUGGUCGUGUCGGUGCGCUUCACGUAUCCGCUGUGCCGGUUCGUCUCGAGUGCUUACGUUAGUGAACGGUGCGUGCCCUUCGGUGCCGAUGGGGAACCGACACCCAGCACGGUAACGCUUCCGUUCGGGGUCGCAGUCGACCCGGUGGCGAAGCUGCUCGUACACUGCACCUGGCCACAGGUGGCCGACAAUGUGGUGGUCGACUCUCAGACGUACUCCGACUUUGAUCCGAUGACGGCUCCACUGUGGAGCCUGCGGGUACAGCUCGAGGACACUCCCGUGUGCUUCAUGGCCGAGUGCCUUCAGGAGUAUCUGCAGAUUGUCAGCUCGCGGCGGGUGCUAACCGAGUACUUUGGCGAUCUGGCGUUCGGUGCCACUCAGAACCUUGGCGGUCCGGGCACCAACAACCCGCUGGAUCUGCUGACCGAGUCCAAAAUACCGACGCUGUCCUCGGUGCUGCCUACGAUCGGAACGGGUGGCAAGAAAGCCGCCAAACUGGAGGGACCACUGGCCGAAGAGCAGCUCAAAGACAUGUUGUACUACAUGUUCCCCGACGCACAGCAACCAGAAGCCCGCUGGCCGUACCCGGCCACCAUCGGGAAAGCGGAGUUUGAUCCGCUCAAAAUCAAGUCUGCCGAUCCGGACUCGCUGGUGCAUCGCCUGGCAACGCUUCUUGCCCUGUGCAACGCCUACUACGGUGGCAAACGGGCCGUCGCUCAGCUGUGGGUUGAGUUUGCGCAGGAGAUGCGCUACCGAGUGGAGCGCUGCAUCCAGAUACCGGGGUAA